AUGAAAAGUGGGGAAUCAGUACAAGUUUUCCUUUCUAGAGUAUCUGCCAUUGUUAAUCAAAUGAAAUCCUAUGGAGAAGAAGUUUUUGAUGUAACUGUAGUUGCAAAAGUAUUGAGAAGUUUGACUCCAAAAUUCGAUCAUGUAGUUGCUGCCAUUGAGGAGUCAAAAGACUUGUCUAAUUUCUCUUUUGAUGAACUAAUGGAUUCUUUGCAAGCUCAUGAAGCCAGACUGAACAGAUCAGUUGAAAAAAGUGAAGAGAAAGCAUUUCAUGUGAAGGGGGAGUCCUCUAACCAUAUGGAUGAGCCAAAAGAUGCAGCGGGCAAAGGACGUGGAAGAGGAGGACACUGUGGUAGAGGUGGUCCAGGUAGAGGCAGAGGACAAAAUGGUGAGCAAGGUGAACAUAGGCCGUUUGAUGACAAGCAAAAAGGCAACAAGAGUGGUGUUCAAUGUCACUACUGCAAAAGAUAUGGGCAUAUAAAAGUUGAAUGUUGGAAAAGGGAAAAACAAGCAAGCUAUGCAGAAAAAGAAGACGAAGCUGAGGUGAAGUUGUUCAUGGCCUAUCAUGAAGACACAAAUGUCUCAACUGACAUUUGGUGUUUGAAUAGCGGUUGCUCAAAUCACAUGACCAGCGUGAAGUCAUUAUUCAAGGAACUUAAUGAAUCAUACAAGUUGAAAGCGAGAAUUGGAGACAACAAGUAG